AUGAAUUUUCUAAGUUCAACCGACAUUUCAAAAGUGCUUACAUUGCGAGAAGAUAUUUUUGAAGCCAUCUGUAUCCGACUUUCCGUGAUCUUUACCCAAGAAAUCUUCCUCGAAGAUCCGCCUGGAGGGGUCGGCGCUGCUACAGCCGAUCCUGCUGACCACGCCGCCUGCUCUACAGAUCUUGUCUGUCCUUGGGCAUCUACAGCGGGAUUAUGUCGGAUCGGUUUGGAAUCAUCCAAUGUUGGUUGGUUUGGUCAGUUUUAUCAUAUAUUGUAUAGAUCUUCUCCAUUUAUGUUUUCGAUUUUGGUUGCUGCAUGUCCUGUUUUGGUUUGCACUGCUGUUUUGCUUGGUCUUCUUUUGAGUUUUGGGUCGCUGAACAUACCCGAAGUUGAGGAAAAGGGAGAAGAAGAGAAAGAUAGUCAUGGAGUUUCAUCAUUGAAAACUGGAGCUACUGAGUAUGUUUCUAUAGUCCAGAGAGAUGCCGAUCGUGAUGGUUUUGUUGUAGAAAGACAUGUAAAAAAGACGAGAGGUAUAGUAGAGAAUGGUUUCGAGAAAGUUAGUUUGGUCAAUAAUGAGGGAAUGUCGAAUGGUUUGUUGUUCGAGAAGAAGAGAGAGAUGCUGGGGAGUGAUAGUGCAUUCCGUAAUGUGGAGCUUGCGAAGGAUCAAAGUAAUUUGGCAGAUAAGGUAACUGAUAGGAAUCUUGAUGUGGGCAAAUUUGCAGCAGAUUUCAGUGAUGUGCCAAAGGAUAAAGAUGAUGAUGACUAUUUGGAUUCCGGUUCUGAUGGUUCCUCUCCUGAUGUUUUCAAUGGAGAAUAUAAUGCCGAGAGGUCUCAUGGUAGUAUUAACGAUGAUAGUGUUGAUUCAGACGAGUUAGAGAACCUGAGGGAGGAAGAUAAUGAUGACAAUGAAGGAAAAGGACCAAAGACGGAUACCGAAGAUGAAAGUAAAUCUGCAAUUAAAUGGACAGAGGAUGAUCAGAAAAAUCUCAUUGAAUUGGGGACUUCAGAGCUUGAAAGAAACCAACGAUUGGAGAUUCUUAUGGAAAGGAGAAGAGCCUGUAAAAACAUGAAUUCCAUGACUGAGAAGAAUUUAAUAAACUUAGAUGGUGCUGGCAUUUCCUCACACAUCACACUGAUUUGUACUAGAAAAAACCCAUUUGAACUUCCAUAUGAUUCCUGUGAUGAUCUAGGAUUACCUCCCAUUCCAGGGUCAGCUCCAUCCAUUUUGCUGCCAAGAAACCCUUUCGAUCUUCCUUGUGACUCAACCGAGCAAAUACCUGUUCCUAAAGCAGACACUUUCCCAGUAGAUUUUUCAGAUUUUAAUCAAAGGGAAAUAGCUCUUCAAAGAGAAUCCAUCUUUCGGAGACAUGAAAGCUUCAAUGUGGGACCGUCAUCUUUUGGUUUUCCUAGACAAGAGCUUAAUUGGAAACCUUUUUUUGUUCCAGAUCGGGUAGUAACAGAAGGAACCUCAUUCCUGAGGCAGUUAAGUGAAGCUAGUGACUCGAAGAUGAGCUCUGUUCUUGGUACGGAACUAGUGAGUUCAGUUCCAGGCGAAGAGGACAACAAGCCAAAUGAGCAUGGUGUUUCUCGAGAAACUGAACCGAUCUUGAAUGAAGAUCAUGUUUCUGUCCACGAUGAACAAGAGAGCCAAUCAUCUGGGAAUGUUAGAUCCAUUAAUGUUAUCCUAGCCGAGAAUCGAGAUGUUCACCAUGAUGUGGUUGAGAUCGUUUUGGGAGGUGGAGAAAAUCAUCUGGAAACUGAAUCAGAUUUGUCUGAAGCUGCAACAACUGCUCAUAUAGAAUUCGAUGCCAGUGAAAUCCAUUCUGAAAGAGAAAUGAUUAUGGAGGAUUCUAGCAAAACAGAUGAAGAAAUAUCUGAUGUCAAGGGAGAAGAUUUUGCAAGUUUCGAAUCUGAAGAAAAUGAAACUAAAGAAUCUGACUUUUCUACGCAACCUUCAUUUGAGGAAUCAGAGUUUCCUUCUACGAGUAGGGCGGUGGAUGAUAAUCAAAAUAGGCAGGCUGUUUAUGAUUCCAGUCCUCCAUCACUCGAAAAUUCUUCUCAUUUUCAUCUGUCUCUUCUAGCACAUUAG